CCAGUCUAGAAAUAUCAAUAUGGAUCAGGAGGAUCAGUACUGGUCUCACCUUAUGUCUACUCAACGCCCGUUCUAUCCGGGGUUCAUUAGGCAGAUGUCUAGUCAGGUUGAAGGUGGUGAGGAUGAAGGACAAGUUGUAGUAAUCAACUUCCAGGAUGAAGCUAAGCCACAGUACCAGAUUUACUCAAGACCACAGGAUUUACGUGGGCAAUUCGAUAACCCUCCUCUACCGCCAUCUACCGAUGCCGUCCGGUCCAGGCGAUUAUUCGUUUUGGAGGGGCUUUCAAAAAGUUUCAUACAACUGCUUGGAUCUAGACUGCGAGUUCCACCAUCUUUCUUCGCCGCGCAUUGUCCGCAUACAGGAAGAAUGCAUUCAGCGACCAUUGAUGAGAAAACGGAUGAAGCGGAUCCUGUGUACUUCAAUCAAUCUAGCAUUACUCGCCAGUUACACCGCAUAAACUUGUUUGGGGAUGUGAAGGAUCCUCUUUGGAGCUUUGAACGGGUAUCGUUUUGGAGUACACGUGAAGGGGGGAGCUGGGAUGCUGUUCUACUUGUUGAUCCACCCCUCAGAGACUUCGUUAUCCGCAUGGGUGACCCCGUGCCCCGACGUGUCCUUCAUCUAAAUUCCAAGAACUUUAAUCCACCAGGGAUCGCCGAGGAUAGCUUGAGUCAGGACGGGUCUUGGUUCGCACCUUUCCUAAUGAACUGCGCUGGUGAGGUGCCUGAGAUGAAGUCCAUAUUUGACGACAUCAUCAGCUUGUACCAAGGUCGUCAGUAUCAAUCAACUGCAGAUCCUAGGGCUUGCACAGACAUUUCUGAGGUUGUCCGUAAGCAGUACCAGAUGAGUGUUGGUUCUACCACGUCUACAAUCAACUACCACGUGUGGCUAGACAAGUCCUGGACGCAGCCCUGGACGGAGAGAGAGUUUGGCGGGCUUAUGCGGGCAAAAUCAGCUCUGGAAUCUAUAAAGACGAGCCUCUCCUACAAUAUGGACGCCCUCGGGAUAGGUGGACAGAGUUCGGUCGGCGAGGAAUGGGAGGACAAAGCAUGGAACAGCCUACAGAGUGCGGUUACAGCCCUCAAGAUGAAAGUCGAUCUUAUGUCCGAGGCCUACACUCAAGCUAUAUCCGUACGAGAGAGCAUCAUUGCGAAUCAACAGGCUCGUCAGGUUGGUUACCUAACAUCACUCGCGACUCUUUUCGUCCCUAUCUCAUUCAUUGCCGCUGUCUUCUCAAUGGGAGGGGACUAUGCUGCCGACCAAAAAAGGUUCUAUGUAUUUUGGGCUGUCUCCCUCCCAGUUGCGGUGGUUGCCUUGUCCAUAUCCUUUUUCGGAGGCUAUAUUCAGAAGCUGUUGCCAAACCGCUUGAUUACUCGAGCCACAGAAGAAUCCGCCGUAUAG